AUGUUCCGUCUCCUGAGCCGGACGUUGGGAAGAGGCCUUCUGCGGGCAGCCGGGCGGCGUUGCCGGGGUUGCUCGGCGCGCUUGUUCUCUGGGCCCAAGGAAAGCCAGGAGCUGGAGGUGUUGGUGCCGCGCCACCGAGUUGCGUCCCACCGACGGGGCCCGGGCCUGCUGCCGGUAUUGGCAGCGCUCGCCUGGUUCUCGAGGCCUGCUGCGGCAGAAGGGGACGAGCAUCAGGGAGCAGGAGCAGGCGCCGCAGAAGACGCAGCGGAUGAGGCGGAGGCGGAGAUCAUACAGCUGCUGAAACGAGCCAAGUUGAGCAUUAUGAAAGAUGAGCCAGAAGAGGCUGAGCUGAUUUUGCAUGACGCUCUUCGCCUUGCUUAUCAGAGUGAUAACAAGAAGGCCAUCACUUACACUUACGAUCUGAUGGCCAAUUUAGCAUUUAUACGAGGUCAACUUGAAAAUGCAGAACAACUUUUUAAAGCAACCAUGAGUCACCUGCUUGGAGGGGGUAUGAGGCAGGAAGACAAUGCAAUAAUUGAAAUCUCACUCAAGUUGGCCAGUAUCUAUGCUGCUCAGAAUAGACAAGAAUUUGCUCUUGCUGGCUAUGAAUUCUGCAUUUCAACUCUAGAGGAAAAAAUUGAAAGAGAAAAGGAGUUAGCAGAAGAUGUUAUGUCAGUGGAAGAAAAAGCCAAUACCCACCUUCUCCUGGGCAUGUGCUUAGAUUCCUGUGCACGAUACCUUCUGUUCUCCAAGCAGCCAUCCCAAGCACAGAGGAUGUAUGAAAAAGCUCUGCAGAUUUCUGAAGAAAUACAAGGUGAAAGACACCCACAGACAAUUGUGCUGAUGAGUGACCUGGCUACUACGUUGGAUGCACAGGGGCACUUCGAUGAGGCCUACGUUUAUAUGCAGAGGGCGUCAGAUCUGGCAAGACAGAUAAAUCAUCCUGAGCUGCACAUGGUACUCAGUAAUCUAGCUGCAAUUUUGAUACAUAGAGGAUACAGGGAAAUGAACAGACUGCAUACACGCUCCCAGCCCACUGAACCCAAGUUACCUAGGACACCAAUGAGGGCCAACACACAGGCUGUCUCCAUCCACAGAUGAAGAGGCACAUCACUAGAGUGCAAAAGAAAACAGCAACGAAAGCUCUCCAUGCUAAAACACUGCAUGUGUAAUACUUCAGCGUCAGGCUCCAUCCUACCGGAUGGCAGCUGUCCAGGUGAACCCCUGCGAGUUUCACUGCUUAUUUUAACUCAUAAUGUAACAGGUCUUUCCUCAUUAAUUUCUCAGGUAAGGACUUAAGUAUUAAACUGACCUGUAAAGAGUUUUGUCUAGUUAAAUGUAGGCUCUAGUUAAACCAUUUUAGCACUGAGAGGUUCUCUGCAAUUUUAUGUUUUUCCUCUGGAUACCAUAUUGUUAAGGAUAAUAUGAGAUACAGUUUAGACACCCUGCAAGGGAAGUUUUUGAGAUUAUGCAUACCAAGCACCACUUGUGACAUUCAACAUCUGCAUCCAUUGCUACUGUAGUUAAGCACUUAAUAAAAUACUAUUUGAUUAUUUCCUUUCCAAACCAGCCCCAAUUCUUAAUUCUUGGCAAUUGUUUUUAGUCCCUCUGGUGUUUUAUCUCUGCAACUCUAAUCUUAGUCCUUUACUUUUUGAUUUCAAACUUGACAUAGUAUCAGCUAUCUUAAAUUUAUAGAUGCUAUUAACCUUGUUGUGCCCAUUUUAACCUUUAGUUUAUCUGUUUUUAACUUUAUGCAGCACACUUUAACCAUCUACUUUUCUCUUUUUGAAAAGUGAAGAAACUGGCACACACACCCAUCUACUUCUCUUCCCUGUCUAUCCCACGUCCAUGUCCCAACGUUUUUUUCAACCUUUUGUAUUUGACUUAUAAUGUUCACAUCCUGUUGUAGAACUGUGGAAAAAAACUGUUCUGUUUUGCUUACAGAGUACGUGAACAAUUUAAACUAUAAAUCCAGGUAAUUUUACUACAAUCAAUGAAAGAAAUAUAACAUUCUUCACUCAGAUACACAAGUAUAGAGACAAUAGCAAUUGCAAGUAAAAAAGCAAAUUUUCUUGUAAUAAAUGCAAUCCAUUGCUCAAAAUAUGCUAUACAGGACUUUACAUAAAGAAUGAACCAUCACUGUAAAAACAGCUGUUUUUCAUUAAUAACUAUACUUUUUCUUUUUUGGUUAUAGAGAAUAAUUGUGUCCAUCUUAUCCUUAAUAGCAUCCAGCUUUGGUUCAAAAUAAUCCUGUAUGGAGUAUUACACAAUUGUAACAACCAACUUUUGAAUAUGCACUCAUUUGUGUAUUUGAAAAUUUCUGCAGUAAAGUGUUUUUAAAAAAAAAUUUUAAAAA